AUGGUGAAUAAACAAUUAUUUAUUAGUUCAAUAUUUAAAAAUGCUACACCUGACAAUAUAGAAAAUUUUAAAUCUUUUAAUACAAUAUUGCAUGAGAAUAUAUCAGACAAUAAAAUACUUCUCCAAUUAGAAAAGGAUGGGUAUAAUACGCUUGAUAAAAAAGCAAAAAAACUUAUUACAAAAUUAACUGAAAUAAAAUAUUUAUUUGCAUUGAAGUUGUUGUUUGAAUGCUCACUUAAUCAAUUUUCACCUCAAGUUCUUCGGGAUUCUUUAGUAGCAUUAGUAGAUUCAACAUCUUUCAAUUAUUAUGCAAAACAAAGCAUGAUUAGAUUAGAAUUGCAUGUACGUAUUUGGGUGGCAGUUUUAGAGCAAAUUUGUAUCACACCGAUGUGCUUAAGUAAAGAACUUCGAGACAGAGUUUAUAACUCAUUAGCGAGAUUUUCAGAAAUUCACCGAAGAACAACACAUGUAAUGCAAGAAGGUAUUGAUAAUAAUUAUAACUCAGAUUUUAAUCAAUUUAACCAAGGGAAUAUUGCAGAUGAAGAAGAAAAAAUUAAACGACGAACAAAGGAUUUACUUAAGAUUGUUCUUAAUAUUACUCUGUCAAUAGUGGCUCCCCAACUUACCAUUAAUAAUGAUAAUUAUUCAAUUUUAUCAAUGAUUACUCAGUUACGUCAAGGCUUAACUUUCAAAUAUUCUUCUGAAAGUUCUGAAAAGGUUAUUAGUCGAAAAUUUGCCCUAAAAAAUAUUGGAAGUUUAUUAAAUGAUCUUUCCAGUAAUGAACCUCUUGCAUUGCCAUAUACUUUAUGGUUCAGAAUUUUGGAUCUUGCAUAUAAUCUUAUCAAAAAAUCCAGUCGAACGGCUACAUAUGAGCUUUGUUAUUAUUUGGCAAUUGAAUCACUUAAUAAAGCAUCUAGCAAUUUUAUUCAAUUUAAAGCAGUUGAAAUAUUACUAUACUUACAUAAUAUUAACAGCGAAUUAUUUUCAAUGAUUGAGCUUGAUCUUGACCAAUACGCGCAAAAAUUGAAGGAAAACUCUACAUCGGAAUGUUCAAAACAUUUCCAAAAUAUAUUGACAUUUAUAAAAAGCAAAUAUCUUGAUGAUAUUAAUAAAUUAAAUGAUGAUAUUGGUAAAGGCAAAAGUAAAGUAAUAAGAAUAGAUCAAAAUACACACCUAAAAAAAGAACGAAUAUCAAAUUUAUAUGAUAUUAUUGAUAUAAUUGCAUAUGAAAUGACUUGUCCGAUUAGUCAAGAACCGGCAGAUCAAUUAUUUAUUUUAAAAUGCCAUCAUGAAAUAUCAAUGAAUAAUUUAAAAGUAUUAAAACAAAAAAAAAGUCUUAAAUGCCCUCAAUGUCGAAAGGACAUUGAUGAAAAAGAUAUCAGAUAUUUGCCACAAACUACUGUUUACAAAAGUUUAUAUUUAUAUCUAAUUGAAGCUGGUCAUAUUUCUUUGAAUCAAAUACAAAUAAAUCAUGAUGAUAGCGAUUUUGAGAGUGCUAAAGUAGGCACCCUAUUUUGA